ACUAGAAACCAAGAAGAACAACAACAUACAGCUGAGCAGACAACGAAGACAACUAAGUAUAAGAUGAUGCUUUUGGAAACACACAUGCGCCGUUUUACUAUUUUUUAAUCCACAUGGAUUGAAUGUUUUUGAGAAUGUUUUGUUUUGUUUGUUUGUUGCCAUUUAUUGGCGUCGUUAAUGCCGGCUCUCACUCACUGAUGGCUUUGGCAACAUACAUAGUUGGACAGACACCAUUUCCUGAGUUCAGUGUUGUGGUGAUGUUGGAUGACCUGCAGCUAGCAUAUUAUGACUCAAUCGGCUGGAAAACGAUCUAUCGCUCUGGCAGUGAUUCAAAAUAUUACGAUGAAGAACAAAGUGAUGCUGGUAUUGUGUUUCGAGAUAUGUUUUAUGACAUGAAAGAUCGAGCCUUUUAUCUAAAAGAUCACCAAAAUCACACUGAUGGUGUACAUGUGCAUCAGAGACUCGUUGGCUGUGAGUUGUUAAACAAUGAAAAAACUGGUCCACUUCAUUACUGGGAUGCUUUUGGUGGACAAAAUAUGGAAGAGUUUAUUUUUGACACCGAAAAACAUACUAUUCAGGUCAAAAUGCCAUGGGUGAUAACAUGGGACCAACUCAAGAGGCUUCAUGAAAACUUCAUGUACGACAAUGUGUAUCAUCCUAUUUGCAUCAAAACUUUGCGAAGGUACCUGAAUAUGGAAAAGAAGAAUGUGAUGAGAAAAGUGAAACCCAGAGUCAGACUCAUGCAGAAGAAACUAUCAGAUUCUCAAGGGCUUCAGAUCAGCUGUCUGGCCACUGGUUUUUACCCGCGUCACAUUAAUCUGACCCUGUUCAGAGAUGCAGAACUUGUGGAUGAUGAUCAGAUCACAGGAGGAGAGAUUCUGCCCAAUGGAGACGGGACGUACCAGAUGAGGAAGAGUUUGAUCGUAAGUGAAGAAGAGCUGCAGAAAGGACAUAAAUACAACUGCACCGCAAACUACCUCAAUCUGGACAACAAAAUGGACAUUGUGUUUGAUGUGGCUGAAAGUGACCCAGGAUCCUUCAGUGUGUCAGUAGUGAUGGGUGUGCUGGUGUUCGUGGGUUUGUCUGUUCUCAGUAUAACUGCACUCAUCAUGAGGAGAAAAAGACGGGAUACUGGUUCAGUUUCUGGGACGUCACAGAAUCAGUACGUUUAUGCACAAACUUCGGUGCAAGAUGCGACAUGAACAAGGAUCUCAAAUCACCUCCAGUUCUGAAGCAGUAUACUCACAGUAUUAUGUCUCCUGUGGAUGUCAGACUUUGGGAACAGUUUUAGAAGGAAAACUUUAUGAAAUCAUGAAAAUUUCAACUCUGACACACUGCAGUAAGUGUGAAUAAACCAGUGACUCAGGAGUUUUCUGCCAAAAAGUAAUGUUAAACUGAAUUUUAUUAUGAGCUAUUCUUCAAUUUUGCUCCUAUGAAUCAAAUCACUUUUGUUGUCACAUCAUUAGCAGCACGUAAGCUAUGAUGAGUGAAAAGCUUAGGUGCUGGCUCCAGACAGUUCAAAAUACAGGUAGUGCAAAUACAACGACAAUGCAAAUGUUACGGUCCCUAACUUAAAUAUGUCUCGUGACCCAAAGAAAACGUAACAUAAAUAAUCAACGGCAAAAGUGCUCCAGCUAAAUUAUUUAUUAACAUAACAUAACCAGCAAAACAAUCUAAAUUGACAAGAGAUGGGUAGCCCAACAACAUAAUAAAGAACAACCAAACAAACUUAAGGGAGGUUGGAGCUCCCCACUCCAAA